UUCCCCCUUUCCCUUAAAAAGCCCUGAGAGCAAAACAGAGUGUGUGAAAAAGAGCGAAAAGUUUCCCCACUCCCAAACUAACCCGAACUUUCGAUUCCACACCCCAACCCUAAAUCCCCAAUCCUUCUAGGGUUUCAAUUCACUCUCAGACUCGCCCCUUGGAUCGAACCCUUAGGCUUUCAAUUUCUCUCAUCCUUUCUUCCCAUUUCAAUCUUUCCCGCCGGUCUAGGGUUUCCGACAUCAAGAACAGGCAAGAAUGGAUCCGCUUCCGCAAGAAGUCGACGAUUACAUCAGAGAGUCGAUUGACCACACCCUUGGCCUCCCCGUGUCCACGCAGACUCUCGAGUUGAAGCUCCGGUGCUCGGAAGCCGCGAGGCGACGGCUGCGCGACCAGUACACGGUUCUACUCGCCAAAUUGAAAGAGAAGGAUCAAGCUCUGGAGCGAUCUAGGGCCGAGGCUUGUAUGAACGCUCAGGCUUUGAGGAAGUUUGUGGAGGAGAAUCAGAGACUAGCGGCGGAGUGUGCGCAUCUGGUGAGCCAGUGCAACAAGUUGGAGAAGGAGUGCUCGCUCUAUGAUCAUGACCGAGAGGCUUUGAUGGAUUUCGGAAACGAAGCGGACCAGAGGGCCAAGGAGGCUGAGUUUCGGGUCGAAGAGUUGGAGGAUGAACUGGGAGAAUUGAGGGAAGAGUUGAAGUUUUGCAAGAAUGAAUACGAGAGGCUUUCGGUUGAUUCAUCUGCUGAUGGCUCACCUGUUGAAGAGAAACUAGUGGAGUCUGUUUUAGCAAUAUUGACCAAAGAUGAAACUGGGGCGGCAUGUGCAUUUUUGGAGGCCAAUAGCGGAAAUGAGUCAUGUCAAAGGUUGCUAAAUAUGUGGAAUGGCUUGAGGCCGUCAUCUCAAAAAGUUCUAUCGCUAGUUGCUGAGUUGAAAACACUUCAAAAGAAUAAUGAAACACUUGAGAAGGAUAAAGAACACCUAAGGAUCAAUCUUCUUUCUGCUGAAGAGGAGGUCAAAUUGCUUUUCGAAGAAAACAAAGUGUUAGAUGAAGCUAACAAAAGAUUACUGAAGCAGUACCGCAAGGAAAGAAACAAUUCUGGUUCUGAUGGAAAGCAUACUGAUGUAUCAACGAAGUCAAACAAGCGAAAAUCUAGCUCUAAGGUGAUGAGCUGCAGCCCGAUUCAGGGGAAGAUCGAUUUCAGUGACCAAGAAUCAGCAAGACAACCUCUCUCACCCUUGCGUUGUAACUCCCCUAACUCAAGACUGCAUAAAAAGCAAUAGGAAAACUUCCGAAAUAGUCUGAUGUAUAUCUCACCUCUCAUUUGUACCUUUCUCUGUACUCAUCAUAUGGGUUGGUUGGCAUAAGAUUGCAGAUUUUCAAAUGACUAACAAAAUUGUUUGUAACUUGUAAGAAUCAUUUGCCAAGUCUUUUUAGUGAAUGGCUGGAACACAUAGAUUUACAGUAUUAUGAACGAGUACAUUUUCUGUUGUACA